GUCUAAUAAAUAUUAUUAUCACUCACUCGCUCCCUCUCUUGUCGGUUAAACUGCAAACGGUCAUCACUCAUCAUCCUUCCUUCCUUCCUUUCACACUUCUCCAAUUUCACCAACUACAAUCUCUAAUGGCCACACUUCACCUAACCAACGGCAACGGCGCCAAUUCGCCGUUAAGAAAGUCGCCGUCGUUCCGUUACGGCCGGAAAAAGUCCAUCUCACGGAACGCCACUGAAAUCGAUGACAUCAUCAAUCACUUACACGGCUCAGAUCCCGUCCGCUUCGAGCUCAACCGUCUCGAAAACCAAUUGCGAGAUAAAGAGAGGGAAUUGGGAGAUGCGUAUACGGAAAUCAAGGCGUUAAAGUAUCAUGAACAUCUUAAAGAGAAGGCGGUAGAAGAGCUAAAUGAUGAGCUAAGCAAAGUGGAUGAAAAACUUAAGAAAACUGAAUCGCUUUUGGAAAGCAAGAAUUUAGAGAUUAAGAAGAUAAGUGAUGAGAAAAAGCAAGCGUUGUCGGCACAAUUUGCUGCAGAAGCCACCCUUCGAAGAGUUCAUGCGGCUCAGAAAGAUGAUGAGAUGCCUCCUAUCGAGGCUAUUAUUGCUCCACUAGAGGCGGAACUCAAGUUGGUUAGAACGGAGGUGUCAAAGUUGCAAGAUGACAAUAAAGCUCUUGAUCGUCUCAGUAAAUCGAAAGAAAUUGCUCUUUUAGAAGCAGAGAGAACCGUUAAAAUAGCGUUGGCAAAAGCUUCCAUGGUUGAUGAUCUUCAAAACAAAAACCAAGAGCUCAUGAAACAAGUUGAUAUAUGUCAGGAAGAAAACAGAAUUUUGGAUAAAAUGAACCGACAAAAAGUUUCAGAAGUGGAAAAGUUAACUCAAACGGUUCGUGAGCUCGAAGAAGCUAUUUUGGCUGGUGGGGCUGCUGCAAAUGUAGUCCGUGAUUAUGAGAGAAGAAUGCAAGAGUCAAAUGAAGAAAAGAAAAUAUUGGACCGCGAAUUAGCUCGUGCCAAAAUUUCUGCAAAUCGUGUUGCUGUCGUAAUAGCAAAUGACUGGAAAGAUGCCGACAAUAAAGUAAUGCCUGUAAAACAAUGGCUAGAGGAAAGAAGAGUUUUACAGGGAGAAAUGCAGCAUCUAAAACAAAAACUAACAGUUGCCGAACGAACUGCAAAGGCAGAAGCACAGUUAAAAGAAAAAUACCAUUUGCGCUUCAAAGUUUUAGAAGAAAGAUUUAAAUCAUCAUCUGGGAAAAAUGUUUUUUGUGCUACACCAGAAAGGCCACUGAGCAAUGGACGUUCACAACGCCAGUCUUUAGGAGGAGUGGACGGUUUAUCUAGAUCAUCAUCUGUUAGAUUUUCAUCGAGAAAUUUACUAAAAAACGGGGGUAUUUCAUCAAAAGUAUAUGAUUGUAGCAAACUAGUAGAUUCGGGUAAGUUAUUUUCAAAUGGAGAUGAUCAUGCUGAUGAGAAAGAUAAGUCAAAGUCAAAACCCGAAGAUUUUGUAUCGGGUAUGUUGUAUGAUAUGUUACAGAAGGAGGUUUUGAAUUUACAAAAAGCUUGUCAUCUAAAAGAUCAAAAUCUUGAAGAAAAGGACAACACAAUUGAGAUACUGGCAAGAAAAGUUGACACACUGAACCGAGCAAUGGAAGUAGAAAACAAAAAAACGAGGAGAGAAAUGUCUGCGAUGGAAAAGGAAAUGGCCGCAUUGCGUGUCGAUAAAGGACGAGAAAGUCGGACGGCCCGACGGCCGAGUGCUCCCAGGACCCGUGUGAUGGCUUGAGCUACAAGGAAUGCAUGCUUAAUAGAGUGAGUUCCAAACUACUUAAGGUAGAUAGGGUGUAAAUUUAUUCAUUGUUUUUGUAUAAACUAAUGAUAUGUACAUGAUGCUAUCAUUUGUCCUGUUGUGUACUAAUGAAAUAAUAUGUAAAUUGUGCAAUAAAGUUAUUGGAUGAUCUUCCUAGUGAUUCU